AUGCUCGCCCACACGCGCCUCCCGCCUCCGCCUCCGCCUCCGCAUCCCGCCCAAAUCCUGCCCGCCCGCCUCGCCGGAGGCGGCGGUGUGGAGUUCCGCCGCAAGCUCCACUUCCUCUCGGCCGAGCUCCAUCUCGACCCGUUCCCGCUCCUCGCCCUUCAUCCUGAGCUCCGCUCCGCGCCGCUCGCGCUUCUCCAUGCCUCCCUCCGCCUCCUCCUCUCACACGGACUCUCCGCCGGCGACGCCUCCCGCGUCUUCUCGGCAUUCCCGUCGCUCCUCACCUCUCCUCCUGAGGAGUCCCUCCGCUUCCUCUCCGCCGCCGCGCCGCUGCCCCCUCCUCUCCUCCGCGUCGCGGUGGUCCGUUCCCCUCGCCUCCUCGCAGCGUCCAUCCCGGAUACCCUCCGCCCCGCGCUUUACUUCCUUCGCCACCGCGUUUCCCUGCGACGGAGACCCCUUCCGCUCGCUGCUGCCCUGCUCCUCGCUUUCUCCGUCGACCGCACACUCCUCCCCAAGCUCCUCUUCCUUGGCAAAGCCACGGGGCUCCCAGACCCCGCCAUCUGCACCAUUAUUCGCCGCGCCCCCGCCAUUCUCUCCUAUGGUAUCGAGACCAACCUCACGCCCAAGCUCAAGUUCCUCGCUGACGGCAUGGGCAUGGAACCAGCCGCGGAGCUCACCGAGUUCCCACACUACUUCGCGUUCAGCUUGGAGGGGAGGAUCAAGCCGAGGCACCAAGCAUUGAGGCUGAGGGGCGUUGAUAUGUCACUAAAGGAAAUGCUCACGAGCAGCGAUGAUGAGUUCAAGGAGCGGAUCUUAGAUGCAACGCUGUCGAGCAAUAUGCAGAGGAUGUGA